GACCAAAUUUGAAUUCUUUUCAGCAUACAUAUGGCCACAUCAAACAACUUCUUGACCCUUUCGGUAGCUCUCUUCCAAGACGCCGCAUAACUGCCACAAGACUGUUAGCGACCUUCAUAUAAGGGCCUCCGAUGGCUGCACUACCAGAACCAACCCCCUCCAUGUCCAGCACCAUGAUAGACGACGAUGACAGAGAGCUCGUCGCCCUUGGCUAUGUCCCGUCUUUCAAGCGGGAAUUCUCUAAUUUGGCGACGAUCAGCUUUGCAUUCAGUAUAAUGGGUCUAUGUUCGAGUAUAGCGACGACUUUUAACACUCCGUUAUUGCUCGGCGGACCGUCCUCGGUCGUAUGGUGCUGGAUCCUGGGAGCAUGUAUGUGCUUCACUCUAGGAUCAAGUAUUGCAGAAAUCGUAAGCGCUUAUCCGACCUGCGGUGGGCUGUACACGGCUUCGGCCCAGCUUACACCGCAGAAGCAUCGUGCGAGGGUCGGCUGGUUGGUUGGAUGGCUGAAUAUUCUGGGCCAGAUUGCGGGUAUUUCUUCAACAGAGUUUGGUCUAUCUAACAUGAUAUGGGCCGCUGUUGUUAUUGGCAAGGACGGAAACUAUGAAAUUACCCAAGGAAAAGUCGUUUGGCUCUUCGCCGUCUUACUCGUAUUCCAUGGUGUCCUGAACUCGCUUGCAACUCGGUACCUUGCCCGUUUAUCAUCGUCAUUUGUUUUUUGCAAUCUUGGAGCUACAUUCCUCAUCAUCAUCGUUCUCCUCGCCACGACGGGUCGCUCAAAUAUGCAUCCAGCGAGCUACGUCUUUGGCACGGCGGGACUCGUGAACCAAACGGGGGGCUGGAAUAGCGGCCUGGCUUUCCUGUUUGGAUUGUUGAGUGUACAAUGGACUAUGACGGAUUACGACGCCACUGCACAUAUCUCUGAAGAAGUUCGACGCGCGGCGUACGCUGCACCCUCGGCAAUCUUCAUGGCCGUAAUCGGCACUGGCAGUUUCGGAUGGCUCUUCAAUAUCGUACUGAUUCUUUGCUCUGGACCACUGGAAGACCUUCCGGGGGCUUCUGGCUCCGCUGUGCUUCAGAUCAUGUACCUUCGAAUGGGGAAGACGGGGGCACUGAUACUAUGGGUUUUCGUUUGCUUUACAGCCUUCUUUGUCGUCCAAACUGCGCUUCAGGCUGCAUCGCGUACUGUUUACGCCUUCAGCCGCGACCACGGACUCCCCGAUGCCGGUUAUUUCGGCCACAACUCCAAAUGGACCAACACACCUCUCCGAGCCAUCUUCCUAACUACUUUUGUCUCCGUCCUUCCUGGGCUGCUCGACCUCGCAAGUCCCAUUGCCGCUAAUGCCAUCUUCUCGCUGACUGCCAUGGCUCUCGACCUGAGCUACAUCAUCCCCAUCUUCCUCAGACGGAUCUUUCAAAACCAUCCCGAGGUUAUGUUCAAACCUGGUCCCUUCUACAUGGGCGACGGCAUCCUCGGAGCCGCGAUGAAUUGGACGUGCAUCCUAUGGACCCUUUUCGUGUGUGUGAUCUUCUCAUUCCCGACCGUGAAACCCAUCACGAAGGAGAAUAUGAACUAUGCGGCGGUCAUCACCAUCGGCGUUAUGGUUUUAGCAUUCGCGUGGUAUAUCGUUGAUGGCCACAGACAUUAUCAUGGACCUCAAUCGAACCUUCACCAGCGGUCGGACGUCGACGAUUCUACUGUCGAAGAAGUCACUGCCGCCAAGUCAAAAUUAGACCGAGAGGAGGACCACGAGGUUUGAGCAGUGAGUGACACCGAAGGAAGUGCUAUAAUAACAAAACAAUCAACGACACCUUGCACUAUAUGCUGUCUACAAUAUACCCAGUUACUUGAAAAAACUUCAGUCAGAACUUCAACUCUGUGUUUCGCAAUCCCAAAGGCGGCAUUGAAAAGUCACACGAAGAACGCUCAAGGUAUUACGCAACCUCGGCGCACCCACUUGAUGUUCCGAAGGCACCGAGGACAAUGAAC